UUCUCCACACGCAGUGAAAGGAAAGAAAGGAAACUGCUCUGCUGUCUGGCUGCUGUUAAAGCCUGACUAGCUGAACCUAAUGGGAUUCUGUUUGUGCCUCGGACCAAAGGACUUUCUCUUAAGAUUAUAAAUAAUCGGGAACAUAUAAGUAUGAGAAGCUGUGGUUUCUCCAUCGAUCUGCCGAUGCCGUGGUUCAUCUGGGAUCACCGGAAUAGCUUCAUGUCGUUUAAGGUUUGCAAAGAAAUGUCUACGAGAAGCAUUACCUGGCCAAUGCUUGUACACUCGUGUGAAAAUGGAGGACGAUGAUACUGGAUUAAUCCCACCACCCAGAAUGAUGCAUGCCCCAUUUGAAGAUGAGAAGCCCCUCUUUCAUGCUAACCAGAGGCCUCCUGGUCCAUCUAAACCAUUUGUGUUGUCCGAACAUGGUCACCAAGUGCCAUACACAAUUAACAGAUAUUUAAGAGAUUACCAGCGGGAGGGGAUUAAGUUCAUUUAUGACAGUUAUAUGAAGUCCAGAGGUUGCAUCCUGGGUGAUGACAUGGGCCUUGGAAAGACCAUUCAGGUAAUCAGCUUUCUGGCUGCCGUUCUGCAGAAAACAGGGACUUGGGAGGAUGUGGAGAAUAACAGGCCAGAGUUUCUGCAGUCACAGAGGUCCUCAAAGCAGUCCAGAAUUAAGAAGGUUUUCCUCAUUGUGGCGCCACUGUCAGUGCUGUACAACUGGAAAGAUGAGUUGGACACUUGGGGCCAUUUCAAAACUGUCAUCGUACAUGGUGUCAAGAAGGAGGAGGAACUGGCCCGUGUGAACAGAGGAAGAUGUGAGAUUGCUUUGACCACAUAUGAGACCCUUAGACUCUGUCUAGACCAAUUCAACAGCAUUGACUGGGCCGCCGUCAUUGUGGAUGAAGCUCACAAGUUGAAGAACUACAAGUCCCAGAUCACUCAGGCAAUGAAAGAGCUGAAAUGUAAAGUACGUGUGGGACUGACGGGAACAAUCCUCCAGAACAACCUGGAGGAGCUCUGGUGUGUCAUGGACUGGGCCAUCCCUGGAUGUCUUGGUUCACUGGGUAGUUUUAAGAACAAGUUCUCUGACCCCAUUGAACAGGGCCAGAAACACAGCGUGACGAAGAGGGCCUUAGCAGAGGGCCGCAAGGCUGUUCAGACUCUAGCUAAAAGACUGUCACGCUGGUUCCUCAGGAGAACCAAGGCCCUCAUCAGUGAUCAGCUGCCUAAGAAAGAUGAUAGGGUUGUAUACUGCUCUUUGACAGACUUCCAGCAGACAGUGUAUCGUGCUGUGCUGGACACUGAUGAUGUGACGCUGCUGCUGCGGAGCUCAGAGAAGUGUCACUGUGGCAGUGGACGCUCCAGGAGGAAGUGCUGCCACAAGUACAAUUCAGAUGGUGUACCAGUCAGACACCUCUACUUCAGCUAUCUUGCUAUUCUGAGAAAGGUUGCAAAUCAUGUUGCUCUGCUGCAGACAAAAGAAGGAACCAGCAAAAAACAGGAGAAAUAUGUGGCUGCUAUCUGUGAGCAAGUCUUUAAAAAGUUUCCAGACUUUACAGAAAGAUGCAAGCAGGCAGCGUUUGAAGCCAUGUCGGACCCUAUCUACAGUGGAAAAAUGAAGGUUUUGCAAAGGUUACUGAAUCACUUUAUCAAGAAGAAAGACAAAAUUCUCCUUUUUUCACUUUCCACUAAGCUCCUGGAUGUUCUAGAGAGUUACUGCAUGGCUGAGGGUCUGGAGUACCGCAGAUUGGAUGGAACCACCAAGUCUAAAGAGCGCGUCCACAUCGUCAAAGAAUUCAACAGCUCCAAUGAUAUUAACCUGUGCUUGGUGUCUACUAUGGCUGGUGGUCUCGGACUCAACUUUGUUGGGGCUAAUGUUGUUGUUCUGUUUGAUCCCACAUGGAAUCCAGCGAAUGACCUUCAGGCUAUUGACAGGGCGUAUCGCAUUGGGCAGUGUAAGGAUGUGACUGUCUUUAGGCUCAUCUCUCUGGGCACAGUGGAGGAGAUCAUUUAUCUACGUCAGAUUUACAAACAGCAACUGCAGUCAUCUGUGAUUGGGAGAGAGAAUGCGAGGAGGUACUUUGAGGCAGUGCAGGGUGCAGAUGGCCAAGCAGGAGAGCUGUUUGGUAUCCGGAACCUCUUCCAACUGCAGACUGACGGAACAUGCCUUACGCACCGUGUUCUGGAGAGGGAGGGCCGAGUCGAAGCGGGGAUCAUGACAGCCAGCACGCAGGCAACGGAGGACGGGAUGCGAGAGCCGGUUCCUCUAUCAGGAGAUGGCACUGCAGAGCAGGUGGAUGGACCAGCAGCAACACACAGCACCAGCUCCAAGCUGGCUGAUGCUGGAGUCCUGGACUUUAGCAGUGCCAGUGAAGACGAGGAUCCUUGCAGCUCCAAAUCCAAAGCCACCGACCCGAACGCAGGAGAGGAGUCUGGAACCAACACUGGUUGUGGUAAUAUAGGCCUUUCUGCUUUGCUGCAGAAACAUGCAGUUGACAGGACACAAAGGGACUCAGGCAGCAGUGAGGAGAGCGAGUCUGAGGAGAACGUUGAGGGUUGGGACCCAGAGGAGCCUCAAGCAGCUAAAAGGAAUGGUGCUCAGGCAGGCUGGUCCCUGUCCAGUGACUCAGAGGAGGAGAGAGAGAAAGCUCCAGGCAGGAGAGUAAAGAAUGCUGAGUCCACUGACCAUGCAGACCAUUAUGUGCAUAUGGAAGAGUCAGAGGAUUUGAACGUUCUCCAGCAUCCUUAUACUAAGGCCCAACAGAGGGAGAGAGAGGGUGGUGGUGAAGAGCAGAGGCAGAAGAAGGUCAAAUUUGCAGCAAGAAGACGUGAGGAGGAGAUUAAGAGUUUUACCUCUUCCGAGGAUGAAGCUCCAGUGAGAAGAGUGAAGUCUAAGCAAAGUCAUGCCUCAUCUCCACAGCACAAAAAAUCUUUGAGUACACACAGCGCUGCUCAAAAAUCCGUCAGGUUUACAGGCGUAAAAAGCGCAACCCCUCAACCACGAUCCAGCACCAGCACUGGAACCAUAGACACUUUAUUAGGUAAUCUUCAGGAAGUGAGCUACACCCACUCCAAUCAAAAAGUAGUGGGUUCAAGCAGGGCAGAGAACCGCCUCAGCCGCGCUGCCUUACGAGAUGUGUUUGAACUCAACAAGCACUCACAGCUUCCAGCAAACCGUCUGCAUGACAUAGCUGAGACCCAGUCUGGAAUUACCCCGUCAUCUGAGUCCAUGCACACACGUGGUGGAGAGAAAGACCAGACACAAGCAGACCACAAUCAACUGCAGCAUCAGGUCACCCACUCCAUCAGAACGUCCCACCAUACCCACAGUGCAACCAUUAGUGUUGGGGAGACACCUGCUACUGUCCGCAAACAGCAACUGGAGGAAAUGGCGCAGUUCUUCGGAGCAAAGUCUGUUCAAGAGUUUGCAGAAGAACUUGUAAGAAGCAGCUCAGCUCAGCGACUUACCAAACUACGCAGGUUCUACAGCCACAUGAGCCCUGAACUCACUGACCUCAUCAAACAAACCUUUCCUAAACCUGAGCCGAAACCACCCGUUUCACCGCUCCCUCCUACAUCCAAUGUGAACAGGCAAAGAACUACCUCAAAAAGGACCCUCUUACACUCAGCUCGGAGACCUCUAGAAGAGAGACAAGAAGCAGAUGAUGAAAGAGAAACAGUAAAAAAGAAGAAAACGUCUAAGGCACAAAGUGCUGUAGAACCUCAGUAUCAUCUUAAUGGUUGGACUCAGCUUAACACUAAGAAUUUGUUCCCUUCACCUGAGUCAGGUCGAAACCCAAGUGAACUACCUCUUAGAUCUUCUACAGAUGUUCAGCCUAACCUUUCAGCUCGGGCAGUGUGUAACCCCAGUGUAGUCAGUUCAUCACUAGUCAGACAGACUUCUAAGGACCAACCGUCAUCCUCUGCAGAAUCGUCCUCUUUCCCCAGAGCUGACCAUGCAGAACCAGGCUGUGCUCAGCCGAACAAAACUCUCAUCACUGACCUGAUAGGCGACACCUCCAUUCUUGAUGACCUCUUCAAACCAAAGAGAGGUGUAGAUCGACCCAAGCCAGCAUCAGCACCCCUGCCCUCACCCACAGAGAGGACAAAGAACAGAGGAAAAGACUUCUGGGACAUUUUGAACGAGGGGAAUGAGGAGAGCCUUAAUAAACUAACAGACCUGUCACAGGUGGAGAAGCUCUGCAGGAGCGUUAGUGUCUCUGGAAGGUCCAAAAGUGAAAAUAAACUUGAAAGCUCUCAGCUUUGGAAAAAGAAUGAGAAAUUCCUUUGGAAAUGAUAGACAUUGGCUGUUGCUGCCUGUUGCUUUUUAUGCUUUUUAUUUUUUAGUGUAAAAUUAUGAAUGUGAAUCAAAUGUGAAACUUGCUUACAAGGUAGGACUACUUUUAUAAAAUAUUGUUAUUUAAGUGCAUUUUAUUUUCUUAUUUGAUGUUGUAAAGCUCUUAACUGCACUCUUCUCACCUGUUUAGUUUUUUUAGAUGGUGUUCAGUUCAGCCUGUUUAAAUUACCUGAAAAAUCCAUUGUCUCUGACAUUAUUAUCCAGUUUGGGGAGCCUGUGAAAUGAAUACACUGACUUUUACCAACAUUUUAAUAUUAUUGUGAUUUAACAAAACUGUACAUACAAUACUGUACAUAUUCAAAUCAAAUUAGGGCUGCCAAAAGAUUAAAGUAAUUAAUCAUGAUUGAUCGCAUUUGUCAUAUUUGCUCACAUGUGGCACUAAAGAAAGAUUCUUUUCAUUUGAAAGCAUUGCACUUAACUAGAGCUAUAUUAGUGGACAAAACAAGCAGUAUGAAUGUAUUUAUUACUGUCAAUAACCUAAAAACAUUAAUGAGUAACAAUAAUUUGCAUCAUAUGAAUGUAGGUCCAUAGAGUGAAUAUAGUUUCCAAUUUUUUAUCACUGACGUCUAGUGAGAGCAACAGUGGCUGCAUGUUCCAACUCCUCUGAGAUUGUAGCCCCUCACUGUCAAACUGCUGCAUUACAUCUUGUUUUGAGGGGAACUAUAGUUUUCCAAAUUGGUGUUGCUUUUAUUAGUUUGCUCUUUGUUGGCUUAGUGAUAGUCCUCCUGUGAGCACUGUCCAGCGUAUUCUGCCGAAUGCAUUCUCAAGUGCUAACGUUACUAAUGUUACUGAUACAGUGUUUUGCUUGUAAAUGAUGCUUCAGGAUCGUUUACAAGCAAAACAAAGUGAAGAAAUUCAACAUGGCAGUAACUUUUAUCAAGAGAGCCAUCAAUAAAACUUUCCAUUUUAAAGCUGGAUUUGAACGAGAGGACCACAAUGGCAGUCUUUUGGGU